AGCCCCACCUCGGCGGACAUUACGCUCAAUCACGGUAACAUUCGUCACAAUGCGACGCGACAGCGUGACCUCUGGCUCCCCGUUCGAAGUCGAUGCAUUUCGCCGCAAUUCUCGAUAGACUCGCGUCCGCUAUUGUCUUCUUCAUCGCCGCACUUAUGGUGAGGAAGAGAGGUCGUCCCAAGCGAGAAAUCAAAAGCUCCUCCGAGCCACUCGUGAUUUCACCUUGCACAGGCUGCGAACUGGCGCCGCUAGAGGGCCGCGAUUCGCGCCUCAACAUGGCGGCGUCCGCAAAAGUUGUCGACCCAGCGUCAUGGUCGAGAAUGUUGAGUAUAUUCCCAGGGAAAUUCUCGUUUGCCUUCUGCUAUGGCUCGGCCGCGUUUCCCCAGAAGGGCGUCGUGCAAACGAAGAACAACAUGCUGGACGUGAUUCUCGCCGUGGACGAUCCGCUGUCCUGGCACAGGGAAAACUUGAAAGAAAACUGGCGCCACUACUCCUUCUUGAGGUACGGCGGGCCGUAUCUCGUCAACAAGGUGCAGAAGGACUUUGGCGCCUAUGUUUACUACAACACGUUUGUGCCGUACGAUGACGGGCUAAUGAAGUACGGGGUGAUCAGCACAGACCGGCUUAUCACGGAUCUGCUAGACUGGGAGACCCUCUACUUGAGUGGCCGAUUACAUAAACCG